AUGUUCGUGUGCACUAGAUGCAAAUUAGAAUUUAGAGAGGGUGCGCAAUGCAGCUCCUGUCAGGGGCACUUCGAUUUCCCUUGCGCGGGUAUAACGGAGAACGGGUACCGAAAACUCGGUGACAGGCUCAACACAUGGAGGUGUGCUACCUGUAAAGUUGCCGGAAGUUCCAGCCCGCGUUCGGGGUCGUCCAAAGCCCCCUUCCCAGUCGAUCUUGAGAAGGUGAUGGAGGAUUUGAAGUGCCUGAGGAUCCAGUUGGCCCCACUCCCGUCGAUGAUUGAAACAGUGAAAUUAAUACAAACAGAUCUUAAAAGCUUAAAGGCCGAUAUUGCUGACCUGAAGUUAUUGAAGUCUGACAUCGCCGAUGUAAAGGCGUCAAUGGAUUUUGUUCAGUAUUCGGUGGAUACACUGACAGGCAAAGUUAGUGCUUUGGACAAAGAAGUGCAAGAGCUCAAGAAGUCCAAAGACGACAUAUCUAUCCUGAAGCAGCAAGUGAGUGAUCUUAGAACUAUAGCUCGAGAACAAGAUCAAAGAGCCCGCAUGAACAAUAUGGAAAUAAAAGGGGUUCCAAUGACUAACUCGGAGAAUUUAUUCUCAUUAGUUACUAAAAUAGGCAACCUCAUUCAAUGCCCUAUUACAAAAGACCAGAUCAACUACAUCACAAGAGUGCCAUCUCGCGGCAAUAACACGAUCAAGUCAAUUGUGGUAUCGGUUCAUAACCGAUACCAAAAAGACGAUUUCGUUGCGGCAGCCAGAAAACUCACAAUCACAGCAGCCGACCUGGGCCUUCAAGGCGGUACGAGGAUAUUCAUUAAUGAUCACCUCACUGUUGACAACAAAAUCCUGCUCAAUAAGGCAAAGGCGCUAGCAAAGGAAAAAAAUUUUGCUUUUACUUGGGUGAAGGGAUCAAAAAUCUUUAUGCGGAGAAACCCGACCUCACCAAUUAUAGCCAUCAAAACCGAAGCCGACCUAAAAAAACUGUGCAAUUGA